UAAAGUCCGCCGAAGUUCCAUUCUCCGAAUCAGAAAGUGUUUGCAGCUUCGUAGGCCUCAGGAGGUUCCAAACCUCCGGGUUGUCCCUAGGGAUCUGGGGGCGGCAGCGCCGCGGAACCUGCUGGCCCUCCACCGCCCACGGGCAGGAAGCCCAGCCGGCUAACUACCACUCACUCGCCCGCCAGCGCUGGGUCCGCAGCCCGCCAGGCGGGAGCCUCGGCUCGCGGCAUCCCAGCGAUCUGCAAUCUAUUGGUAGUGCCUGCGAAUUGCGCGCGGAGUUCGAUUGGCGUCACCUGCGAGGGGAGGAGCCUCCGCCGCUGCCGCCGCCGCGGGCUUGGUUUGUGAGGAAGGGCCUAGGCCCGGGUGGUGGGACUUGCGGACAUCCGGGGCUCGCUUUCUUCCGUCUUCUCUGCCGUAGCUUCUCCCACCUCCCUCGCCCAGCAGGCUAGGCGCGAGGAAGACCUCCGGAGCCAUGGAGGACGAGGUGGUCCGCAUUGCCAAGAAGAUGGACAAGAUGGUGCAGAAGAAGAACGCGGCUGGAGCAUUGGAUUUGCUGAAGGAGCUUAAGAAUAUUCCCAUGACCUUGGAAUUAUUACAGUCCACAAGAAUCGGAAUGUCAGUUAACGCUAUUCGUAAGCAGAGUGCAGAUGAAGAAGUUACAUCAUUAGCAAAGUCUCUCAUCAAAUCCUGGAAAAAGUUAUUAGAUGGACCAUCAUCUGACAGAGACCCUGAAGAAAAAAAAAAAGAACCUGCAAUUACAUCGCAGAAUAGCCCUGAAGCAAAAGAAGAAAGCUCCAGUGGCACCGUAAGCAGCAGAAAGGAUGAGACAAAUGCUCGAGAUACUUACGUUUCAUCUUUUCCUCGGGCACCAAGCACUUCUGAUUCUGUGAGGUUAAAGUGUAGGGAGAUGAUUGCUGCAGCUCUUCGAACAGGAGAUGACUACAUUGCUAUUGGAGCUGAUGAGGAAGAGUUGGGAUCUCAAAUUGAGGAAGCUAUAUAUCAGGAAAUAAGGAAUACAGACAUGAAAUACAAAAACAGAGUACGAAGUAGGAUAUCAAAUCUUAAGGAUGCAAAGAAUCCAAAUUUAAGGAAAAAUGUCUUAUGUGGGAAUAUUCCUCCUGACUUAUUUGCUAGAAUGACGGCAGAGGAAAUGGCCAGUGAUGAGCUGAAAGAGAUGCGGAAAAACUUGACCAAAGAAGCCAUCAGAGAGCAUCAGAUGGCCAAGACAGGUGGAACCCAGACUGACUUGUUCACAUGUGGCAAAUGUAAAAAGAAGAACUGCACUUACACACAGGUACAAACCCGUAGUGCUGAUGAACCAAUGACAACAUUUGUUGUCUGUAAUGAAUGUGGAAAUCGAUGGAAGUUCUGUUGAGUUGGAAGAAUUGGCAAAAUGUCUGGACCAUUAAGAAAAUGGAUUUUGUAAUUAGCUUUAAAACUAGGCCAAGCAAAUAGUUUUCCUGCAUAUCAGAUUUUUAAAACAACAUAUAUUCCUUGGAUUAGUCUUUGUUUUUGACCUAAUACCACUUCUAUAAAUGCCUUCUACAGUUUCAGAUCACUGGGGACACCAUGUAAUAAUUGUGUAUUUCAAAACAUUCUUUUUGUUUCUGUAAGUUGGUAUUAAACUUUAAUCAGUUAAAAUUCUUAUUAUUUUCUUCUUAAAGGAAAAUGUACCUUAACUUUUUUUAUAGCGUGAAACAAACAUACACAGUAGAAAUCCUCUGUUAUUAAUACAUAAAUGAAAAUUACAUUUUUCCCUAUUGGCGUGUAUCUACAAAUACGAAAGGAGGAGAAAGAUAAUAUAAUUUUAGGUUUACCAAAUAUGGUGUGUAUUCAAAUAAUACUUGACCAGCUUAUCUAAAUUGUACAUAAUAUUUGGACUAGUAUAUGAAUUUGGUUUUAAUUAUUAUGUUCACCAACCUGCGAUAUUAAGUAUUAUUUUGUUUCUGUAACUAACCAUGGUCAUCAUUUCUUUUCAUUUCUUGUACAUGUACAUUACUUGUUCUAAAUAGAUUUUAAUUUUGGAAACAUGACUGUUGAAAUCAGUUUGUACUUUAUUUACCUAUCUGACUCUGUAUUUUAGUUUUGAAGAAGAACAUUAUUGUAAUUUUCGCAGGCUUUUCAUGAAUCCUUUCACAGGCAAAGAAUGAAAACUUCUGACUGUUUUGUUCCCGCAUAAGAAGACAUACUGGGAAGAUCUUAGCAUCUUUAGUGUAGGUAGUUAAUGGUAAACAGUUCAAGAAUUGAUUUUUGUUUGGAAAUCUGUACUGACCAAGGAUUAAGCUUAAGGGUUGUGUGAGUCAUUAAAGCUGUGGUCUUUCCAUGUGGAGGCUGAUAGAAAACAUUUUUGUCUUGAGUUUUAUUUGCUGACUUUUUCUGUUGCACAAUGAAUCAUGUUAUUGGACGAACUGAACAUAUGGGCUAUAGCAAAUAGUAAUGGUUUUAUAGUACAGAUCUUACAAUUAAAUUUUACUUAUUGCUUAAGUGUGCAGCAUUUUUUUCUGUUUGGAAUUUUUAAAAAAUUAUUUUCUUGGGCGGCGCCUAUGGCUGAAAGGAGUAGGGCGCCGGCCCCAUAUGCUGGAGGUGGCGGGUUCAAACCCAGCCCCAGCCAAGAAUUGCAAAAAAAAAAAAGAAAGGAAAAAAAAGAUUUUCUUAUGGGUCCUUCAGAGUAUGUUUGCUCUAGCACAUGUUAAGACUUCUGUUGUAAAGUUGACAUUUUACCGUGUUGCAUCUGCGUUCUGUCGGCACCUGUAGGAAGACCUCAGUACAUGCUGUGUACUCUCUUUUGCUUCCUUCUUUCAGUUUCUUUUUUUUGAGACAGUCUCACUUUGUUGUCCCGGGUAGAGUGCUGUGGCAUCACAGCUCACAGCUCAAACUCUUGGGCUCAAGCGAUUCUCUUGCCUCAGCCUCCCAGUUGCUGGGACUACAGGCAUCUGUCUGCCACAAUACCCGGCUAUUUUUAGAGACAGGGGUCUUGCUCUGGCUCACGCUGGUCUCAAACUCGUGAGCUCAGGCAUGAACCUCUGCACUUGGCCACCUCUUUCAAUUUCAUAUUACAAAUCAUUUUGAUGUAGUACUACAGAAAACAGCAUUUAAAUGGCCAUGUUAAUAAUUAGCCCACUGGCACUAGCCCACCUAUAUUGUAUCAGUUCAUGGUUUUGUUUUACUGUUUCAAAAAUAAAGUACAUUUUUGAAAGAAUGAGUUGAAGAAUAGUAAGAUUAAAAUAGUCCCUUUUAACUUAAGUGAUCCAUUUUUAAAUUUGUAAUCCAAUAAAGUUUUUUGUUGUUAAACAUUUA